UAUUCUGGCUUUUGAAGACGAUUUCCUGAUCCAUUUUCAGGCAAUGUUCCUUUCGCUGCUAACCUUUUCUUUAACUGGUCGAUUUGAAAACAACAUACAACUUUUGUAUCGUUUACCAAAGUCGCGUUUUUAGCAAAUGUCAAAAUGCCGUUAGCUGCGUCUUUAAGAAAAAUAUUUAAAACCAGUUAUCUCUUUCAGUGGGAAUUGCUGUGCUAUAGAAAAUGUCUAGAAAAACAGCCAUUCAGAGGGAACACGUAUUUUCUACGUCUACAUCCUUGGACACCAAAAGCCCCCCUGACGUUGGUUGGCGAGAUAAAAAGACAGCCGAACAAUGUCUGUCUCAUCUGUGCCUGUCAGAACGUCUGUCGGAUAUACGCUUCACGUUCAGUGACGACAAACAAGUUGUAUUUCCGGCGCAUAAAUUUGUACUGAGCAUGCGCAGUGCUGUUUUUGAAGCCAUGUUUUACGGUUCGCUCGCAGAGAAGGGAGACACAGUGUUGAUCGAAGACGUGGACCCUGAAGCAAUGGAAGUUAUUUUAAGAUUUAUAUAUUCCGACAAGCCAAAAAUAGAUGGGAGAAAUGUGCUACGCUGCUUGUAUGCUGCCAAAAAGUAUGCACUAAUGGGUCUUGUACAACAAUGUUCUUCCUUCCUUGAAAGAAAUAUAGAUACCAGCAAUGUAUGUUCUAUACAUGAACAUGCCGUCUUCUAUGACAUGAACUCUCUUCAAACAAAAUGCUUUGAUUACAUCCUGAAUAAUGCUACCGAAGUAUUAAAAUCACCAGGUUUCUUAAAAGUCUCCCACUCGACAUUGUUUAAUUUACUUAAAAGUGAUGAACUGUCAGAAGAUGAAGUAGAUGUCUUUAAAGCUGCGUUACACUGGUCUAAAAACAACUGCGAAGACAAUAACCAGCCUACAGAUGCACUCAAGUUGCGCAAAUGCCUCGGGAACGCGUUGUUUGCGAUUCGAUUUCCAAUCAUGCCAAUAGAGAAGUUUGCAAUGGCCGUGGCCACAACUGGAAUACUUACCAGCGAAGAACUGAUCAUGUUGUAUCAGUUCAACGCGACCAAUGGCUCAUCACCGUUAGUUAAAUUCAUUAAUCGCGAAAGGUCCGUUCCAACGGUCAAAGUUAAUGUUACGAAGCGUAUCCAAACCCAGUAUCAAGCAAACAAGUCUGGAUAUGUUUUGCAAAUUCGUAACCAGUACGAUUACAACGGAGACCCAUUACCAAAUGACAGGCCUUUCGUUAAGGUCGAGUCUGUCUCAGGAACAUUUGUCAAAAAUGUCAAAAAAAUUACGGUAGGUAACAUUCCAGUUACUGAUUACAGAAAUGUUGGAAACAAAAUAACAUUCAAGAGUCCGAUAGAAACAUCAGAUGAUAAUCCUAUCCAGUUUUAUCCGACCCGUAAACGUUCAUAUGAACUAGAAAGAGACAUUGACUGCAGGUCAUAUCGUACAAGCAUACAGGCAGAAGUGAACGGACGGAGUAUCUCCAUCGUUAAAGUUCCAGUUGGUUUAGAAACUGUCUCCUUCGCUAAAUGUUGAUAUUUCGGCGAUGACAUACAGAAAAUAACGUAAAACAUAAUUUUAGACGUAUUCAACAUUAUUUGAUAAUCAUAAGAAGUACUAGUUAUGCUUUAAGUUCGAUUUUUUUAAUCUGUCGAAAACAUUUAGCGUUAAGUUAAAGCAGCAUGCCUCCAGAUCGUUCGACAACAAAAAUAUAUAUUUUUUAGAUAUCUUGAAAUAAAUGCUAUGGCUUUAAAACCUAAUUACUGGCGAACUUUAUGUUAUGGAAACACAUGAGAAUUUGCUGUUUUUACUACUUUUUACGAUGAAAGUCGGAAAGCAUUUGUCACGCUUUUACUCCAGGUAAACUGUCCCGAUUAUAAAUAUCUAUAUUUUGAAGUUAUUGUUCACUACUUUAGCUAUAGCGCUAUUGAUUACGACGACGGAAAAAUGUCUUUAUUGCGCGGCGUUCCGGGGUAAGAUUCCCGGCGCGGUCAUGUUUUUUCUUGAUUUGGAACUUUUCAAAUAUUUAAGAAACAAUAAUUCAUAUUCUAAUGUUCAUAAUAUGACAAAACUUCAAUUUGAAAGAAAGUUUAUUUUCUAGCCAAAUCUGAAAGCAUGCUGCUUUCAUAGAAAAUCAUCAUCGUAAAUCAUGAAAAUCUUCACGGCUUAGGAAAAGUUUGAGCAAACCAGAAAGCUUUAAGUAUAGUAAUAAUAUCUGUCAUGUGUUAAGUACAGUAAUAAUAUCUGUCAUGUGUUUACGAAUCAGAUAGAAAUAUUCGUUCCGAGGGCACCUGCGCAUUUGGCGGUAAAGAGGCUUGCCGAAUUACCGCCCACGCGCAGGUGGCCGAGGGACGGAUAUUUCUAUCCGAUUCGUAAACACAUGACUGAUAGUUUUUCUUGCAUAUUGUCUACAUGUUAGCAUUUCAUUCUGGCAGAUUAUUUUCUUGCAUGCUGUAUUUUACUAAUAACAGGUAGAAAUACUUUCUUUGUAGCACUCUUUCUUAAAGUAGAGCGCGGAAAAUUAACGUCCAUAAGCAGAAGUGACGUCAUGAUGUUUUGCGUUACGCGUCAUAAAAACGUUCCACUUUAAUUUUCUCGUUUGUAGUGUAACGUUAUGUUCUUACAGUAAACUAACGUAUUUUGAACCGAGAAAUAUACUAUAAGGAACGGAGAGAAAUUAUCAA